UUCUCCGACGACCGACACGACCAUCCUGAUACCUACGUUUAUCCCCGGCACGUUUCACCGCGAUCCUUCGCUCGUUCUCGUUCGAGCGACAAUCCCUUUUUUGAAACCCACCGAUUAUCUCCGGUGACCGGCUUCGUAAGCUAGCCGGCACUAACGUGGGAACAUCCGUGCAGCACCCGCGACAGCCCAACGUGUGCAUAAACAAAAUUGAAACUUUUGAAAUUGAAAUUAGGUUUCUUCACAUGUUAAAACACUUCAGGAAAGUAAAACAGACGUAAAAGAUUAAACACAUCAUUGGUCUUAAAACACAAGGAUAAGCAACUCAAAAAAAAAAAAAGAUAGCAACAUUAUUAUAUAUAUAUUAAACAAAAACUCAAGCAAAUCAACUUGACUGGAGAGCAACUUGGAAGUACUGAAAACAUGGGCAUUGAUUACUUGCACCUUUUCUUAAACACUUGCCAAGGGGGAUCAGUGGCUGUGGACUUGCUGAAAAUCGCACGUCUGGGUCCUCAACGACAACGCACUCGUGUAAUUAAAGGACAACAGCUACACAAUUCUGGCAAAUUAAGACUAGUUCUUGAUGGAGAAUGUUGCUUAGAUCGAUUAUACGGUGGAUAUUUCUCAGACUGGGCCUGCGGUGGACAAUGGAACCGUAUGAUUCAGUUUUUGGCGGUAUUCAUCCAAGCGACAGAAAUGUCAGGAUUGGAGUUAGCCGUAUUCUUUAAUGGAUGUUUUGAACCUCUACGACGUGCAGACUGGAUAGAACAGCAGUUGCAAAUGCGCGCUAAGGUUAAUAAUGUCUUAAAACACAUAGCAACGAAAGGCACACCACCGCCGAAAAUCUGGUGGACUCCUCCAGUAUGUUUAAGGACCAGUUUACGUAUGGCUCUCAGGCAUUUGAAUGUCACAGUAUUAUGUAGCAUGGAUGACCAUCAUCAGGAAGUAAUUGCAUACUGUCGCGAGAAUAAUUAUAAUGGACUGAUAGCUGAUGAUGCAGAAUAUGCUGCAUUUGAUCCUCCGCGGUAUUUUUCAUCGGAGCAACUGAAGCUUACAUAUAAGGGUUCUCUUGAUACCAAGGAAUAUAUGCUUUCUGAACUCACCAAAGCUCUCAACAUACCAUCUGACAGACUCUGUAUAUUAGCAGCCUUACUUGGAAAUUAUAUAUUGACCGAAAAUGACUUGGCUGAUUUCUAUAAGAAGCUUAAUAUUAGCACCAACGUGCUAAGUAAGACAAACGUGGAACAAAUGAUAAAGACAAUUGCAAAUUUUGUAAAGGAACUUCCAUCUACGGAAUUGGAUGUAGUGUCACAAAAGGUUUUCGGCUCCAUCUCCGAUCCUAGGUGUUCCAAGUUGAGGCAAUCCAUUCAAUAUUACUUAAACGGAACAAAGGAAGGAUUUUUACACUACAAGCCUGUGAAACCAACGAAAGUUCAUAAACUAGAUUCCAAAACGAGCGCACAGCCUCAAUCGAAUUUAUCCGACGCAUCACCAGCCUCGGACGGCGAUUCAAGUUUGGAGACAUCGAGAUUUGCUUCCGAGACUUUGGAAAGCGAACGCGAAAGCUUGAAUGCGUACAAACAGGCGACGGCUAAUGCAAAGGCGGCGCCGCAAAUCGUCAUUGAUCCACCCGGAAUUCAGGGUCACGGAGACGCAGAUACUAUACGUAUCGAAGAAGAACAACAAAAUGACGGACACGCUAUUAACGGGACACACAAUCUCUUGAUAAGUUCUUCAAGUUCGAGCAGUAGCUCUUCAGCGACAUCACCAUCCCAUGCGACGGCCGACUCGACAAGACAACCGGAGAAAACGACCAAUAUUCCCAGCACAUCGCCGGAAGUCAUGCGUACUGCCUCAGAACGUCAUCAAAAGGGAUUAAUGUCACCGUACAUCUAUCAAAUUCUUAUCGCUGGUGAAAUCAAGUUGCCGAUCCUCUUGGAGGACGAAAAUCAUCGUGAAUUUCCUUCUAUUCACGUGAUUUACAGACCGAUCCGACAAAUGGUGUAUGCGAUCCUGUUCAAUCUUCAUCACCGAAUGUAUCUAGCCACAAAGAGUAAAGAGAAGGGCGAUAGUGAGAAGGUCGAAGUCCCAGACGUGAUAAUAAAGGAAUGGGUAUGGUCCAAGUCCAAUCCGUAUCAGACGCCGGAACAAGUUAAAGCGGAGCAGAUCGGAUGGGGCGUGCCUACAAUUCAACGUUUAUGGUUUGGCACAGUAAUAGAUGACAAGCGGCGCAGACUGAGGGGAUUCCUGACCUGCAUGAGAUCGGACACACCUCUCAUGUUAAAUACCUCUUACGUGCCUCAACAUCUGCUGGUCAUGGCUUGUGUUUUGAGAUACAUUAUGUCUUUCUCCGAUAAAAUAAAAAUCUUACGCCGUCAGGAGUUAGACGCUUUCAUUGCACAAGCCUUCUCACCGGAGCUUAUGAACGCUCAGUAUUUGCAGGAUCUGCAGCUUCCAUUGGUGACGUCACGCGGUGUGCAAUUAGCUACCUUGUUUAUGGCUGGCGUCGAGACCGCAUUGUUAGCGAACGAUGCGUGCGGCGCGCCGAUUCCGUGGUUGAUGUGCUGCCCUUGGCUUUACUUUGACGGCAAAUUGUUCCAUCAUACGUUGGCACGCGCCACUAUGGCCAAGAACUUAUUGGAACUCUGCAGUGGCCACAUUGAUCGUGUGGUGAAGGUUGAAAGGAUGAGAAAGGCGAUACUCGAGGGAAUUAACGUUGUAUUUGCACGUCCGCCUUUACCUGUUACGCCAGGUAUUCGUGUGUCCGUUCCCUCGAAUAUCCUACCCGCUGGCUGCGCCAUUAAUGACGGAUUGAUACGCGGUCGUGGUAGCGGUGCAAUACCACAACGCGGUUUGAUGCGACGUCCCAUUCCAUCGCGCGGCGGUCAGUUGGAAAUCGCGGGAGUCGUGGUGGGCCAGUGGGGGCCAAAUUACGGACAGCCUGGUCGUUUGCCGCAACCCCUGCAGGGACACCCCCCUCGCGGACGAAUCCCACCGCAGGUAACUUCUAUCGGUGGGCUAAAAUAUGGUCUUCCUCGCGGUUUCAAUCCAAUAAGCCGGCCGACGUUUCAAACACGCGGAACCAGUCGUGCUCCAAUUGCUGGACGCGGAAAGAAGACUCAAAUGAAGGUGACUGCCAAAAAGAAGACUACGAUCAAGAAGACCAAGGAAAUCGAGAAGAAAGAUAACAAGGGUCGUGGAAUCACUGUCGAUGGAAUCACCGAUUAUAACGAAACUCAAAGUGAUAGCGCACGUGCGUUACCGAAUGAAGUGCACAAGGCGAAAGACGCAUUGUCUGUGCCGGGUCAGUUCGAUGACGCGGUGGAGAAUGGUAAAGCUAUGGAAAAGGGGCAAGGCGAUGCGCCGCUCGUCACUCCAGUUGCUACGGAAAAUUAGGUAUCAGUAUCAGAGAGAGAACUUUUCGGAAAAUGUCUAUAACCACUCCCGGAUCGUGACUGAAGACUGCUAACAAUCUACUUAUAUAUGUUCUGAGCAAUUGUGCACCGGUAACAUUUGAAUAUCUGUCUUCGAAAUUUAUAUCUGAUCAGAUAAUCGAAUGUCAGGAAAAUCGGUAGAUUACCUAUAUGUGUUAUGUGCCUUAUAACAAGGCAUUAUUCUAUUUGAAUUUACUUUUUGUCUAAUCAACGUAAUAUAAUUUAAUAUGAGAUAUAUAUAUAUAACCGUUAUCAGGACCAGUGAU